CUGGUGUAAGUAAGCCACUUUGUAAAUGAACAUGUAUGCAUAUGAGAAUCUGGUUAUAGAUAGGUGAACUCAAUUGAUUGAAUAUGCAUGUCGGACGCGACUAAUUGGCGCACAAGCGCGCGUUAAUUUGGCGCAUUUGCAUUUGACGGCAUCUCUGACAGCUGGCGCAGCUUAAAGCGCUAUUGAAAUUCCUUUAAAGCAAAUUAGUAAAUUUCAAAUAAAAAGUUCAAAAAUUCAACAUUUCUUUAAUGCUUGUGGGUCGCGCUGGAGCAGCGCGGCACAGACGCGGUAUAAAUCAAUCUUGUUUGGCAAUAAACACAGCGCAAGUGGACAUGCCGCGCUUGAUAAGUGAUACUAGUCUGCCGAUUGCAACAUAUACAUACAUAUACAUAUGCGUAUGAAUAUAAGUGUUUAGCAAAUAUUCUGCUACUUGGCGACGCAUUUGCAUAAUGCGUUUACGCCAGCGCGCCGUACCGCGCACAUGUGUCGAAGGGGCGCACGUGUGAUGGAGGUGUUGGUAAGCGAACUUUGCCGCUUUGGCAGUAUGCGCUACGUGUCGCACAGCAUCAAUUCGUUUUGUUGUUGUUAUUGUAUUAUCGUUCCAAUCAAUAUGCUUUAGUGGAUCAGUGUCGCAACACAUAAAGCUGCGCGCCUAAAGUAGACCACAUAGGCGUACAUAUGCUAGUAAUUAAAGUAUUCGAACGCAAAUCGAACUCACCGCAACCCAAUGCGAUAUUUGAAGAAGUUUUACUAGUAUACUUGUACGCUGUGAAUCACAAAAAAAUAGAAAACAAUAUGUGCCGAAGAAAUCAUUACGAAACUUGAGCUAUGCAGUAUGUUAGCACGACUUCUAUGAACGCUCAGCUCAUAUACUCGUACUUAGUUAGGUAUAAAUAAGCGCGCAGGAUGUCAAUAUUCAAUUAAUCCACGCUUGCAAUUUACAGCGCUGACUUCACAGUUCAAUUACAUUAAGUAAUCUACUUACGUAGCGAAAACCUAGAAUAUGUUCCUAAAGUUAUUCAUUCUCGCCAUUGCCGUUCUGCACGUGCACGCUUUGGUCGAGCUUCGUGAUCCACAUGAAGAACAUGGUCCCGUGGCUUAUGAGUUCCAAUAUGCUGUGCAUGAUCCACACACUGGUGAUAUUAAGUCGCAAAAAGAGUCACGCAAGGACGAUCGUGUUGAAGGCGUUUACGAACUGAUCGAUUCCGAUGGCCAUCAUCGUGUCGUCCACUACAAAGCUGACGAUCAUAGCGGCUUCGAAGCUGUUGUUUCACGUGAACCAACCAAUAUCAAAAUUCCAGUUCCCGAAGUGCAUCACAAGUUAGUUGCUACCAAAAUUUUGGCACCAGCUUUGCUGCAUCAUUAGAACGCCGAGAAAUCCGCAUUGAAACCACCAUAUAAUAUAUAUUCUAGAAAUACUCGAUACGACGGUCUUGUGUGAAAGUCGAAGCUUCGUGGCGUCAAGCAUGGUUAUUUGUGGAAAUCGUUGCAUUUACUCAUAUUUACACUUGCAUUUUUGUGUUUUAGCCAUAAAUCCUAUAAUUAGCUAAGUUUUAACAAAGUUUUUAAGUCAAAUUGUCAAAGUAUCCCUUAUGUGCCAUUUUAUUAUAAUGAUAUUUGUAAAUAUUUCUGCAAUCUCCCGUUAAAUAUGCCAUGCAAAUGUACAUACUAUACAUACAUACACAUAUUAAAAUAUAAAUGCGUCAAUGUAAAGA